ACGAGGGGGCGCUCUUUGUUUAAAAAUGAGAGGCUGAAGGGGACAGAGGAGGAGAAAGAGAGAGCAGGGGGAAUCGCUUGGCCUCAAUAAUGCAAGUAUAUGGAAGAAUAAACAACGGACAAGCUUCUUAUUAUGUGAGGUCAACUUCCUGAAUCUCUCUUCCCCUUUUUUCAAAUCAAGUGUGAGGGAGUGUGUAUAUGUAUGCAUGUGUGUGUGUAAGAGAGAGAGAAAGAAAGAGAGAGGGAGGGAGGGAGAGAGCUUUUGGAAUGCUGUGAUGUCAUCAGUCAUACACACACACAAAGCCGAGGAGGACCCACAGGCGCUGUGAUUCUCCCAGCUUAGUUAGCAUACACUGCUGUGGAGCCGCUGUCUACAUCCCACUGUGAGUACUUCAGCUAAUUCUUCCCUUCUCUUACAACUUCUAAUGUUUUUUCUACCACUUUCCCUCACCUCACAACCCCCCUUUUUCAUCUAAGUGUCUGUCUCUGCACCCUAAAAUGUGUUUACACCAAUCUCCCCUCCAGCAGGGUGAUAGUUCUCAGUCUGAGACAAGCUUUCUUUCCCUCCAAGUGCUGCUUUUGUUGGUAGCCUUUGUUUAACUCCCCACUGUGAUUGCUGGAGACCAUUUCAAUCUCCUUGUUAUAGCAAACCGGCUCAUGCUGCACCGGUUUAUGACCCAAGUGUGUGUUUUGUUGGAACCAGAAAUGUUAGAAACGAAGCCGCUAUCUCGUGGGAGUUUUUGGGGGUGAGAAAGGAACAUGGGUUUGGGAAGGGAUGUGUGGUGAGGAGGGGGAGGAGGGAAGUGGGCCACUGAUGACAGAAACAGCCCCAUUCCUUUAGAAAUCUCCUCCCAUUCUGGGCAGCAGCCUCUCUGUCAGUUUGGAAACAGGGUUUGGGCUCUUCCGUGUUCAUGGAGGGAGGGACAAGACAGACGACUGAACUGAAAAGUUUCUGAACCUGGUUGUCUCAAUGAUGACCUCUAAAGACAAAAGAAACUGACAUCUCAGCAGCGAGAGGAAACUGUCAGCACAGCACAGACAGGAAACCGGAUUUUGUGUGUGCAUGUUUGUGUGUGUGUGAGAUUGUGUGUGCGUGUGUGAAUGAGUGAAUGUGUGUGAUUGUACAGUAUGUACAAAAAUUUGAGCACAAGGAUAAGCAUGCGCCUUGUUUCCUGAAGACUUUGAUGGUAAAAAGAGACAUUUCAAAAACAGAACCCAUCAGGAGUUCAUUUGCAAAGACAUGAGACUAUAAACAAUAACAGACCACUUCAAGAAGCUGCUGCCAAACGGACAGUGCCUCCAUCCAUCAACCGCCUGUCCUACCCAUCAUUCAUCAUGCUGCAGCAGAUUUUAAAGGAUAUGUUCAUCGACCCUGAUGUGCUGAACGCUCUCAAUGAAGACCAGAAGAAGACCCUGUUCCUGAAAAUGCGCCAGGAGCAGGUGCGCCGCUGGAAAGAGCGAGAGGAGAAGCUGGAGAACGAAGGAGGAGAUGCUGAAUGCAAGAGAACAAAACCAAAAAAAGCCAAUAGUAAGAAUGUGAGCUGGCUCCUGGGUCGAGACGGAGACGUGGCGGUCAUUGUGAUCGGGGAGGUGGACGAGCUGAGCUCUAGAUUCAUCUGCUCAGGUCUGGGAGAGAAGAAGAACCCAAGUCUUCAGAACAAUUCAAACUGUCAAACUAUCUUAAAGACCAGAAGAACCACAGAACCUGUCCUGACUGAAAGAGAGAACCUCCCUCCUGGAGUUUCAUUGAAUCUAAAGGGAAAAUGUGAAGACAUGAGCACUUUACUCCCUCUGGCGGUGUCAGUGAGCGAGCAUUCAUCACCUCCAGCAGCAGAAAAGUUGAAGUCGGCCAGUGCGGCUGCGGAGAAGUCAGUACCCCAGCCCACCACCAUCUGCUCCAGGCCUCCCAUGAGAGCCAGCCCUGUCAAUGUGAGACCGGCUUCAGCAAAUGCAACACCGGGUUCUGUCAACACAGGACCCAGCCUCGUGAGUCUGAGGCUGGCCUCGGCUACAGCAUCACAGUCUCCUUCCCCCAGCAGUAGCACCGUCAAAAUAGACUCCAGAGCGACAGCACUUGAAAAAGUCCUCCAGCGCUCACAGGAGCAAAGGAAACCCCAGGAGUCGCAGGCUGGGAAAGAUAUCAGUCCAUUAGAAGCGGUUCGGCGUGCUACCUCAGAGGACGCCGUGUCAUCAGGGAGCACCCCAGCCAGUGCAGGGCGCGGCCGAGUGGCUCAGUUGAUGAAGACCUUCAGCGUCGAUGGCGCCGCACCCCCCUCACAGACCCCCUCCCGCGGCAUCAAGCCCCCUCUCCCCAGCAAGCCCAGCCACCUGCGUCUAACCACCACACCCACUGUCAGGUAAUCCUCACACUGACGCACAGACGCCCCACUCGGCUUCAUCCCCAAAUACAGCCACACUGGACAAUCGGGGGUAUCUAAACAUGGAACCUUUGCAGAGUGGGUUGAUGUGAUUGAGAGCUCCUAAGGUGGCUCUUAGUUCACAUUGCAACCAUCAGUUCCAAAGCACAGAAAUGGAGAUGCUUGAAUGUAAUGGUCUUCUUUUGUUUUUGGAUGCUGCAGUACUGUAAACACUAUUUGUGGGAGGGAAAUGCCAAAAUUGUAAUCUAUAUGUAUUCGCAGGGUAUUGAUGACUAUCGCAUGUAUUCACUUGUUUUUGACGCUUUCCACUUUAUCAUGCGGAUAAACACAUUCUGACCCACCAGUCCAAUUAUAAACCCUGCAUACACAAUACUGGUUCCUUACCAAUAUCAUUAUUUUCAUCACUGGUUUUUGAGGCUGAGUAUUUGAGGUUCAGGACAAAAGAAUGGCCAUGGGACGGCCUAGCAGGGUGAAAGAAGGCACAGUAGGGUCCUCCUUCAUCUCGCCUUCUCCUCCCCGGGACCAGUGCAGGGUUGUUUAUUUGUCACGAUGCAGUGUAUGUCUCCCUGUGCCACCUGGCAGGAGCCUCUCUGCGACCUGUCGUGGACCUAUGACAGUGCCAAAUGCCUUGUCUGUCUCUCCCCGUGGAUCAAGUUAGACUGUUGCUGCCAAACAAUCCAGCUCUGUGUUGCUCUUCUCUAUUUUUCAUUGAGAGCUCUACAAGUGAUGUGUGGUUGUGUUUUAUGGUAUGUUGUUUUUGUAUGCUUUCUAUAGGGAGGAAGAUAUUUUGUAAUGGGAUAUUUAAUGUUGCUGCAACGCUCACUUGUACAUUUUUAAAAUCUUUUAAGUCUGGCUUGUAAGGUGCAAUCAAAGAAACAAUAAAAUUGUGUAUCCUGUACAACAUG